ACAAAUAAUUUGAGACUUAUAGGCUUAGUAGCAAAGGAAGAUGGCACCAAAGAAAGGGAAAAAGAAGAAGUCGGGGAAGAAGAGGAAGAGUGCGAAGGGGCCAGCUAUCAUUGAUGGUAUAAGCACGGAGGAAAUGAGCAAGGAACAGCUUGAGCAGCAUAUCCACCGACUUAGAGAAGAGAUGGAGCGAGAGCGUGAGGAGAGAAACUAUUUCCAGUUAGAGCGUGACAAGAUCAACACUUUCUGGGAGAUCACCAAACGCCAGCUCGACGAGUCAAAAGCUCUUCUCAGAAACAAGGACCGUGAAAUGGAAGAUAUGGAGGAACGCCAUCAAGUAGAAAUUAAGGUUUACAAGCAGAAAGUAAAGCAUCUCCUCUACGAACACCAGAAUAAUAUCACAGAACUUAAAGCAGAUAGUACCCUCACACUCAAAUUGGAGCAAGAUGAGCACAGAGGAAAAGAAUCUGACCUACGAAAAGAUAAAAGAAGUUUGAAGAUCCAGUUGAAGGAAUUGGAGCUAAGCCACGAAGAUGUUAUAAAGAAUCUCAAGAAGCAACACGAUGAAGCAAUAACAGCACUGAGGCAAGAUAGUGAGCGACAUGCCAAGGAACUCCAGGCCAAAUACGAAAAGAAGAUGAAGGUUCUGAGGGAAGAACUGGAACUGAGGAGAAAGACUGAGAUACAUGAGAUUGAGGAGCGCAAGAACGGCCAAAUCAACACUCUGAUGAAGAAUCACGAGAAGGCAUUCAGCGACAUAAAGAAUUACUACAACGACAUAACUCUGAACAAUCUCGCCCUCAUCAACUCUCUCAAGGAACAAGUUGAGGAGAUGAAAAAGAAGGAGGAGCGUAACGAAAAGCAAAUGUCAGAGAUUCAAGCAGACAACAAGCGACUCAAAGAACCACUCGAAAAAGCCAAGGCGGAAGUGGCUGAUCUGAAGAAACAGCUUGCCAAUUACCAGAAAGAUAAGCAGAGUUUACAGAGUGCUAAAGCCAGACUGAAGGUGCAAGAACAAGAUCUAAAAGCUCUGCACUGGGAGCACGAAGUUCUCGAACAACGCUUCAAACAGGUUCAGCAAGAGCGUGACGAUUUAUACAACAAGUUCGUUAGCUCGAUACAUGAAGUGCAACAGAAAGCCGGUUUCAAGAACCUUCUUCUUGAGAAGAAAUUGCUUGCUCUCGCUGACGUUCUUGAAAAGAAAGAAGCUCAGCUCAAUGAGGUGUUGUCGGCCAGUAAUCUAGAUGCUACAGCACUGACAGUUGUGACCAGAAAGCUCGAAGACGUUCUGGAUAGCAAGAACAGCGCCAUCAAGGACCUGCAGUACGAGCUAGCACGAGUCUGCAAGGCCCACAACGAUUUAAUGAGGACUUAUGAAGCUAAGCUGAAUCAGUUCGGUAUUCCUACAGAAGAGCUAGGAUUCAGGCCACUAGAGAGCACAGUGGGAGGACAGCCACUGGGUCAGGGUCCAGCGGGUCUGGUAGCAGCACCUAACUAGCUUCCCUCAAAUCACGUGUCACACACUCGUGUACUUGUUUUUAUCCUCCCCUGGGCUGUGCUGGAUAUAUGCAGAAAACGGCGGGAUUCAAGACUUUUCAGAAGAGAGAUUACGGGAUUAUUUAUUUUCCAGUGUUCAAACUGUCGUCUUUGUGUUGUUGAAUAAAGCACUACUAUUACUAUCAAAUAAACAAUGCAACAUUACGGAAUGAAACCUUUUUUGGCAGAAUUAAGAUUCGACUAAGUUGAUGUCACAUGUUUUUAUGUUUGAUGUCCCGGUUUUGAGCGAUGGUUUUUUUCUUGGGAAAUCAUAGACACGAUUUUAAUUUUACGACACUAUUCGUGAAACUGUAAUUUAUGUAAAUAUUCAUGUUAUUAUAUCAUGUUAAGAUUCCUCACUUUCGACGUGGGCACCACCCGUUACACUGA